GAGGGUAAGAUGUGUGAGGCAUUAGCCUCUAGUGCAAAGUUUAAGGGGCACGAAAAUACUCACAUCAAGAUAAACAAUACUUUGGUGCAAGUUUUUUAAAAAUCAGACAAGUAAAGCCACUGCCAGCCACCUGUUUUUGUAAAUAAGGUUUUAUUGGAACCAGGGCCAUGAUUAGGGUGAGGUGAGUCAGGCAGGGUCGUGAAAAUGCUGGGUUGAAUCCCGUCUUUAUUUAAAAUUUAGAUAUUUUUGUUCACCAUGAAUUUUUUUAUUAAUUUUGAUUUUUUGAAAUAUUGCAUUAAAAUAUUUACGUUGAUUACUUAGUUUGGGAUGCCCGCUUAAAUUCCGUGCCAGAAGCCAGCGUCUCACUCGCCUCACCCUAAUCCUAACCUUGCAUCUCGUCCCUCCUCAAUGUGGCCGUCUUAAACCUCCAGCGCUUUCCAGCCCGGCUCCCCAUCACCGCCUCCUGACCCUAGGAAGCGCUGUAGUCCAGCCCUCGACACGUCGUUCCCUCUCUCAAUUCCCAGGUGACGCGCGCGUCCGGGAGCCUGGGGGAGGAGCGCGCUCAAGGCCGCCGGGCCUGGGUGCCCGGCUGAACGCUCGCUGCGGUGAUCUGGCUUAACGGUGGGCACGGGGCUCUACAACUUCUCGCUUGAGGAAAGCUCGCCCCUAGCCGUUUUCUCUCUAGUUGAGGACUGGGAUGGCGGUUCCUACGCGGCUCUUUGUGGUGUGCUCACUACUCUGACCGUUUCGCCCCCUUCCCAGGAAUGCCAGGGCUCAGAUGGGGAAAGUUUUUUGGGAAGUGAGAAGCAAGCAAGACGGGCCAGGAAAAGAGCGCCCCUUGGCCGAGGCUGGAUAAGGAUGCUCGGGGCCCUCAGCAUCCCACUCUCGGGGGCUAGGAGGACUCCCUCAUACUUGGCUUCCGGAGCUGGGGUCAAGGCACCUCCUACUCCCGGCGCCCCUUGCGAGGGACUACAUUUCCCAGCAGGCCCCUUGGAGGCUGCCGGCGGAGGGGCCUCAGCGGCGUCCCUUUGCAGAGCCCGGCGCCCUGCUGCGAGGACUCGGCCUCGGAACCUUCGUGAUCCCUCGUUAGUCGGCCCUCGCGGGCCUGGGGCUUUCAACAGCGCCUUAGAUGGCCUUCCCGGAGUUGGGGUGUGGCCUUAUUUGGAGAGUGGGGGUGACUGGCUCGUCUCCACUGUGCAGGAGUCUGGCGGGUGUGGGAUCUCUCUGGGUAAGAGCUUGCGCAGGGCCGCAGCCCGGGCCUGUUGCCUCCUACCUGGAGCAGGGCGCAUUUCUGAAAACACGCCUCUGCCGAGGCCUUUUGAUGGGACGCUCCGUGAACCCCCGCAAGCACGUUGGUUGUAUCAGAGGUAGAAGGGGCAGGACAAGCAUUUCCACUGCCCUUUACAGCUUUCCACCCUCCGUUUGAUACUGGCCCUGAUAUCAGUUUCCCUACAUAUAUGUGAUUAAAACCAAAGCACUCCUUCCCUGCUUACUCCCUGGCUUCCUGCCUCCAGAAUCCACUACCCACCACGGAGACAAAUGGCCAAGGACAACCACCUGGAUUUGUUAUCUCCUCCUUGCUAUGGGCUGGUGGGAAAGCUGCGACCAGCAAGGCGGAAUUGGGAACAAGAAUGAGGACAAGUUUAUUCAAGAGGAAGGGCCCAGUAACAGAGAACAUCAAGGGAUAUGCCCAAGAACAGUGUCAUCUAUUUCUAGACUCAACCUCAAGAAACUUCAGAUGACGUUGCCAAGAAUCUUAAAUUAGAGAAAUCUCAAGAUAACUCCUUGAAGAUUGGAGGCUGGGUACCACUCCCACACUGUGAACUCACUGGUCAUGGGAAACCUGUGCCUGGUACAAGACCCUACAGCUGCACCCACGGUGGCAAGAGCUUCCGGCAUAGUUACUCUCUGACCCAUCAUCUUCGAAGUCAUGCAGGUGAGAAGCCUUCCCCCUGUCCUGACUGUGGAAAACGUUCCAGCCAAAGUUCCAACCUCCUCCAGCAUCAGCAGACACCAGGGAGAUGAGCCCUACAAGUGUGGGGCCUGUGGGAAAGGUUUUGCUCAGAGUGCAUCCCUCAUCCAGCACAGAAGGGUCCACUGGUGAGAGACCCUAUCACUGUCCCCAGUAUAGAAAGACCUUCUGUGGAAGCUCCAACCUCAUUACGCACUAGCGAAUCCACUGGGCAGAAGCCAUAUAUCCGUGGGGGAUGUGGCAAGGGCCUUACAUGCAUUCUUGCAGAUUCCAGAUUCCAAGUUCACCCUCCAUGGUGAACCAGAAACAGUCAUGGCUGCCAAGUUUACCUGUUCUGAGUGUGGAAAGAAUUUCCCAGCCAUCGGCAAGUUCCUUCGACACCAGCUCACCCGUACAGAUAGACCAGCCCUACCGAUGCUACCAGUGUGGCCUUGGCUUUGGAGAGGGCACCACACUCCUUUGCCACCAUCAAACCCACACUGGAGAGAAGCCCUGCCAGUGUCUUCCAUGUGGAAAGUUUUCAGCCGGAGAUCUAACCUUGCCAGACACCAAAGAACUCAUGCGGUGCGGCCCUAGGUGAGCCCUUUCUUUGGUAGCCUUGCAGGUGGACUUGGGGAUCAGCGACACAUUUCCUUCCUUCUCCCAGUACUAUCUGUGAAGGCCUUUCUCUACUAUCAGUCUUCCUCAGAAGUGCUGAAUGUUUGGGUUUGGUUUUAUUUUCUUUUUCCUGAAUCCUUCUCCUCUCUCCUUUCCCUCAAACCUCACAGUUUGCAGAAGGAUUUCGGGAGGUGGUAGGUGAAAUGCAAAAGUACUGAAGUACGGGCAUGCCCUCAGUUUGGCCAAGGAUAAUAUUAAGUGAUGUCUUAAUAUCAGUGAUUAAUAAAUUAUUUCUCUUAUGCUUUUUAAAAUGUUA